GCUUCCAUCAACCCUACCAUCCACGGUCGAACCACCGACAGGCUCCACAACCACCGAUGCUCCUCCGACGCUGGCCCCUCCAGUUGCCCCAUCAACUCCAGUCCCUUCAACCCAAGGACCAUCGACGCUGGCACCGCCCACUAAUGCCCCAACCACUGUGGAACCGCCAACUCGAGCACCUCCAACCGACGUACCCGUCACUUCAUCUCCACUGACGCAAAACCCUACCACGGAUGCCCCCAUCACUCAAGCCCCUCCCAGGGAUCCACCCGUCACUCCAGUCCCAGCGACCCAAGUGCCUCCAUCAACAACUCCACUUCCUGCUACGACAACCGAUCCGACAGCUGCUCCCGCGACGGAACCGCCGGCAACGCAAGGCCCAAUCCUAACCGAAGCUCCCACUUCGAUGUUUCCCAGUUCAUCCUCGCCGACUUCGCUUGCUCCAACGGAUGCGCCAACAUUUCCUUUGCCGUCAACUUUAUUGCCCUCGCCACCAACGUCUUCGGCGCCUGCGUCGACGCUAGCGGCCACCGGCACUCCAUCUACAAGCACACCUGCCGAUUCUACCACUGCACCAGCAAGUGGCAGCCCAAUGUCGACAAUGGAGCCUUCCCCAACUCCACCCCCUCCGACUUUUUCGAGUCCUGCACGAACGAGAUCCUCAUACACACCAGGACCGACGACCGCAACCUCGUCCCCAUCUUCAUCGGCGCCACCAGAACCAGCAGCAUCGUUACCUGUCCAGCCAGCUUGGACCACCACGCUGCAGCCCGCUCAUAUUCCGUCGUCCACUCCAUCGGUUGGUACGUCUCUGCUUCGUCAGGAUGACCCGAACGUAGCAUUGUGGUCGGUUGAUUUCGAGGCGCCAAAUGGAACGUCCCCAGUCCUCCUGCCUGACGACCCGCCGCCGACGUUUGCUCAAUCGUUGCAGCAACUGGCGUCGCACUCGUCGUCGUUCGUGGUCGGCACUGCCGUGGCCACAAGUGUCCUCACUGUGAUCACGGCUGCAUCGUCGACGUCGGCUGCCAUCACGUCGACGGCGUCGUGUGUUGGAGCUACGACGACUGUGGCGGCGGCAGCAGCAGCGUCGUCGUCGGCGCUGUCGAUGCCCCCGCCCGAUCUGUUUUCAAUCGGGCUCCUCUUCGACUACCUCCAGUUCCUUGCGUCCACGGGGCACAUGGAAAUGCCCGGUGCGCCGCCCUUUUACUUCGAGUUCACCGACUCGCUGGCUUGGACCAUGUUUCAUCUUCCACGUCCCGCCAACGGGACGGCCUCCCCGACGACGCACAAGCGAAGCAUACACCUCGAGGAUGGCGACAUCGUGGCGGGUGUCCUUGCAUAUGCCGAACGUCUGCACAUUUUGCCCGACACGCUGUUUGUUACGACCGCCACCGGACUUGCUUGCGUCGUCUUGGGGGUCGUGCUGCUCGUGAGUGUCGCGUAUGGCUUCGUGACAGCGUGUGCCACGAAAAGGUUUAACUUGGUCAAGCAACAACUAGCGGCGGAGCUUCCAACGUCGCAUCUCUUCCUUCGAUGUGUGAUUCAAAGCGCCCUGGGGGUCGCCCUCCUCGCCGAGUAUGCGCUGAGCAUGACGUCGAGUUUCCAGCUGCGGUACGGCGGAGCGUCCGCGAUAGCCGCCGGAUCGUUCUACGGCGCAACCGUGGCGUUGUCUGUCGUGUGCUGCGGGCUGUUGGUCUUGGGCAUGUGCCUCCUCCGCGGCAAGUCCGAGGCGCAGCUGAACGACCCCACAUUCAAGUUUUCGUAUGGCGCGUACUACAAGUAUUACUCGUAUGAGCACCGGUACUUCUUUGUCGCGAAAAUGGGCUCCGAGAUCGCGAGCGGCGUCAUUAUUGGCCGCGUCGAAGACGUCCCGACCCAGCUCACGCUCCUCCUCACGCUCCAGUUUGGCAUGUUCCUGUACACGACCCACUGCAGCCCGUACGUCCUCGAGUUUCAGAGCAUCGCAGCAGCGACGGCGUUCGUCCUAAAGAUGGUGACGUAUGUCCUGCUGUCGUCGUUUGUCACGACGUCGGUAAGCCAAGAUGUGCAGGAAGUGGCGGGCACGGUCUCGCUCGUCCUCCAAAUCGCCCUCUUGCUGCUAUUCAACUCGAGGCAACUGCACAUUCUGUACAAACAAAUCAAGUGUCUCGUGGUUCGGCGGCGUCGUCGCCGACUUGUGCUGAAAGCCAAAGCCGCCGAGGCAGCAAUGCUCGCCGCCGAGAUGGAGCGACUCAGUAGCGUCGGGACCAUCGACACGGAUCGCUGGAUCGUUGAAGGGUAUCGACCAGCGGCGUAAACAAACCAUGCAGUUCGUGCAGGAGAAGGAGUUCCCUGCUGCAGACCUUCUCAUGGGGCGCCGACGUGCACGAGGAUGAGUGCCCUGCUCCAGACCUUCUCAUGGAGCACCGACGUGCGCGAGGCUGCACCAUCUCAUUCCAGCCAUGAGAUGAACCCGCUCCACAGCGAGAUCUGUUGAAGCGUGAAUUUUUUUAUUGAUGGAAUCCAUGGACAUACAAUUUUAAAGAUAAAAUGCAAUCGAUGCGAUUAAACUACA